AUGGCGGACGCGACCAAGAACCUCACCGAUACCGCAAACAAUGCCACCGGCGGCCGCGACGGUGGACCCGGUGAGACGAUUGGCAAACUAGGCAACACAGCCACCAGCGCUGUAGGAGGACCGAAGAACAAGAAUAAGAAGAAGAGGGGUGGCAAUGGCAACAACGAAGAGGAAGACGAAGAGGCCAACGAGGGUUUUGGUCUUGAUAAUGGAUCGGACGUGAAGGGUAGUCUGAAGGUGCACAUCAAGCUGGACUUAGAAGCGGAUAUCAAGGUCUAUGCGAGGAUCAGGGGAGACAUUGCGAUUGGUAUCUUGUAA